AUGCUGCCAAGUAUCCCUGCUGGAGGCAAGACAUUAGUCUACUCAACUGUAGACGGACAUGACAUUAAGCUAGACUAUUACUUGCCCUCUAAACAGGAGGGAUGUCUGCCAGCGGUGAUCUACUAUCACGGGGGUGGAAUGACAGCCGGGUCGCGCCGGAGUAUAGGUUUCCAACACUGGUUAUACGGCGAAGGCUUCCAAAAGGCGCUCCCAGAGUCCACCUCACUGGACACUAGUCGGAUAGCAGUCACCGGCUUCUCCGCCGGCGCCUAUUCCGCCCGUGCAGCAUGUGUGUACGCCACUCCAAAGCCAGCAGUUCUUCUGACAGGCUAUGGAAGCGCGGGCGACUGGCUUUUGGAUCACUGGACCACCGGCCGGCCGCCGACCUCCAUCGCCAAGCUCGUUGAUCUCAACGAGGUCCCUAACCUACUUGCGGACAAGACGGUUGUGAGCGAUGAUACGCCGGAGAGUGGCAUUAUGUCCAACCGCUUCGCUCUUACUGUUCGGUGGGAGCUGGACGGCACGUUCCUCGACGGUUCCCUUGGUAGGCCUGGCUUGGGGGCGAAGCUGAAUAAACUGGACUAUGCAGAAAGAGCUGCAGCAAUCCCAGAGGACCUGAAACCGGCAUUCCUGCAGUUGUUUGUCACCGAAAACUAUCCCCCUUCGGUGUUUGUGCAUGGAACAGCCGAUGAAGUCGUUCCUGACCAGGAGAGCAAGCAUCAUUAUGAACAGUUAAAGAAGCUUGGGGUCAAGACAGAACUACUGCUUGUGGAGAAUGGACCACACGGCUUGGUAGAUUUUAGUUCUGGGAUACCGCCGCGUCCCGCCAAGGGGUCAGUGGAGGCUUAUGGCAGAGCUCUGGAGUUUGUUACGGAGGUGUUCAAUGCUGUCUGA